AGGCACACACACACACCUUGGUGCUUCCACCAAACACAGCUCGCAAAGUUAGCUGAAAUUUAAAAACAUGGCUUCCGCUACCAUGGAUAAUUCCGAUCUUGCGUUCUUGGAAUCAGUUCAACAAUACCUACUUGGACAUGAUUCCACCGAUCUCAUCCAUGUUUCAAAACCUGAAACCCACGGAUUUUCAUCCCAUGAUCCACCUUCAAGCCCUAAGUGUGAAGUUGAUUCGGAUCGCAAUGAAGAAGCUUCGGCUGUGGUGGCGCGUCAGCAUCACGCGCCACCAACAUGGAAGCAUUAUAGAGGAGUGAGGCGUAGGCCAUGGGGAAAGUUCGCGGCGGAGAUUAGGGAUUCAAAGAAGAAUGGAGCUAGGGUUUGGCUUGGAACUUAUGAUACCGAAGAAAAAGCGGCUUUGGCAUAUGACAAAGCUGCUUUCAAAAUGCGUGGUCAGAAAGCUAAGCUGAAUUUUCCUCAUCUCAUUGAUGCUGAAGAUUUUGAUACAUUGUCAGAAUCUGUGAAAGUAACAACUUCGAAGCGAAGUUUGUUAGAAACUUCUUUGCAAACUUCUCCACCGUCAUCGCCAUCCUCAGAUGAUAGCUCAGAGUCGCAGUGUACAAAGAGGAGAAAGAGUUUGGUUGAUCUAUUGAAUAAGUUAGCCAAGAAUAAAAGCCAAGCCAAGGUGGCAUGUUGAAGUGCAGUUAGAGGAAUGUGCUAUUGAUUAAUCCUUGAACGAGAUUUCAAUGCUUGUUUCACUUGUAGUCUAAUAAUAUGUUGUUAAUAGAAUAUAAUUUUCCUCACCAUUAUGCACUUGUCUAGUUUGAUGAAAUUAUUUGCAUACCACUUUGCUGAAGUUUAAAUUGUGAACAAUCUAGAUGAGAGAAUCCGGAAACAAGAAUAAAAUUGAGAAAGUGUCCAUACAUUUUCAACUUUUA